GGUAGGUAGAUAGAUAGAUAGAUAGAUAGAUAGAUAGAUAGAUAGAUAGAUAGAUAGAUAGAUUAGUAGGCAAGCAGGCAGGCAGACAGCUAGACAUGAUGGAAACUUAACCAACAUUUUAGAUCCCAAGAAUGUGGACUUCACCUUCUAACUUCAUUAAAUCCUUACUAGAUAGAUAUGUCAGGUCACAUCUCUCAAUAUUUUACUUGGAGGUAAAUCACAUUCAAUUCAAAAGGAUAUUCUUGGUUUUCAUAAGCAGGCUGUAUUGCAGUGUUGGUUAGAUGAGCAGAUUUUUCACUGACCUGAGAGAAAGUUUAAGGGAAAGCAAGUUUAGAUGGAUCACAAGAUGCUCAAGGGUAAAUGUUUUCUUCCAAUAUAUGCUUUUGUUUUAGGCCUUUUCUCAAUCUUGAGAGAUUCUGAGUGGUGUUGAAAUGAAUCUUUUCCCUGAAAUUUCAGAAGUAGGAAGCACUCUAAAGGCUGAGAUGUUUCAUUCCAACCAGGACCAGGAUGAAGGGGAAUAUGGGGGGAAAAUGGAGCACUACUCUGGGAUACAGGAAUAGAGCCUCAUUUCCACACCGGAUCUCCCCUUUUUCCUGGCUUUGUUGACAAGGCAACCAGCAUGGUCCACUGCAAAAUGAGACAUCCCCUCUGGCAUUUACCUCUUCCUCCCUCUUUUCUUUUCCCAAAGGCUGCUGCAUCCUAUUUCAGAGCAGCCAAAGUGGUUGCCAAAUAUUUUAGUGGCACAUUUAAACUUUUCUCUAUAUAUUGAUUUUUGCACACUCCAUACAUAUUGAUUUUGUGCAUUUAAGCGUGUCAUCUCAAACUUUUAUAAAGUAUUGUUUGAUACUAUAAGUCCUUUCUCUCCCCCCUCCCCCAUAUUUUGAAAUGCCUACAAGCCUAAUAGCAAGACUGAAUAGACUGUAAUGUGGUAGGCCAGAGGCUGGGGGGGGGGGGAACCAUAAGGAAAAUUCUGCUUAGGAAUUUAAGUUUAAUAAUAAUUUAAGUAAAGGAUUCCAAGAAUUGAAAAGGAAAGUGCCACCAAUGGAAAAGUUAGGAUUCUGCACAAUAUUAAUCUUGUCAUAUGAAACUGAUAAUAUCUUAUACUUUAAAGUCUAGUGCAGAUACUAAGAAAGGACAACUCUUCACUUUAUGUUGAAUUUUAUCAAAUGUAUUGUAGCUGUGCCUGAGAAGAGGAGUGUCUUAAAAGCCUUUGGAAAUAAGUCCCCUUGCAAGUUGGAUGAGGUUAGAAAUCCAAAGAUAUAUACUUUGACAAUGAGAUUGUUUUUUUCUUUGAGUUCUGCUUUGAAAAUGUUGACAAGGUUAUUAGCUGGUAUUCAUUUAGAUCUUUCCAGGAAUGGGGGUGAGAUAUGAAACAGAUUGAAAUUCUGAGGAUUUCUCCCUCUCCCUCCCUUCUCCCUUUUAGCUGUUUGUUUAUGUGUAAUAUUUUGGAAGUAAUUCAGAACUACUUCUGUUGAUUUGACCAUUAAUCCAGUGAGUUACUACCAUCAAGGAAAACAAGAAAAACAAUUGAUUGAGAUUGGCUUCUAGGUAGAAUUUGUGUCUUAUCUUAGAUCAAAGAAGUUUAAAAGGGUUAGAUUUCAUGGAUACAUAUCUGAUAUAGAUAUAUAUUCAACCAUAGACAUCUAUCUAUUCAUAAAUCUUUUUAAAUUUGGAGUCAUUCUAACAUUAUCAUUAGAUAAUGGAGAGGUUCUUCAAGCAAGAUCCCAAAUAUUUUUGUAUAUGGAUAUGUUUCAUAAUUAUUUCUUUGAUAAUCGUCUUUCACAAUCUUACCUCCUACAAGGAAGAGUCCAACAUGGAAGAUACCAUAGUGAGGAAGGUUGCCCCUCAUUCCUAAAAUCUACUUUUGAGUAUCUUUUGUUUUGCUAAUGUUUCAGUAAUAAAAUGUUUAAAGAUUAGAAGCAUAGGCAUAUAUAAUUUUUCCAUACACGGUUGAUGGAUAGAUAGGAUUGAGAGUAAAAUUUAGGAUGAGUUCCUUGAACUGAAAUCAGUAACUAUUAAAGUCUGAUUUUCAUGUUUUGUCUCCAACUAGGAGUAAUAAUAAGAUUAGUUAUAAAUAUAAGCCUUAUAUUUAUAAUUAACUGAGACACAAUCUACUUCCAAUCAAUGAAACAAAGUAUUUAACUUCCAUAGAUGUUGGUUUCAUAUCCACAGAAAAAAGCUAGGAUAUAAAACAACAAAUAGAUAACAUUACAGCAAUUGCUACACUAAUUGCACUAAUAAAUAAAACAAUACACUGACCCACUCACAUACCACUGGGAAUAAAUUAUGUUGAAUAAAAGAAGACCAGGGCCACUCCUCAAUAAGAGACAAAGAAUUUGUAGCAUUCUAGAUAUUGGAGAAUUAUUACUUCCAGCAGGCCUUAUCACUGGCUGGGUUAUGUCUGGGGGGAAUUGGAAUCUAAGUUCUGAAAGACCACAUAUUUCUCAUCCCUUCACUGAUGUGAAGAACCACUGCAAUACUGAAUGAGAAAGCACCAGUUAUUUUUUACUGCAUUUCCUAACCAGUUACUUAACUGGUGUUUAAUAGUUGGAUUCUGAAUAGCAACUCUUCUGUAGUGAAUGAGAUAGCAAUACAAGAGCUACAAGGCUUUGGUGUACCAGGCAAAAGAUUACUUUUUCCCACUGUCCAGAGAUUAAUGUCCUAGAUUAUUACCUUAAAACAGUUCCAACUCAAAUAUAUUCUAUUGCAACUCCCAAAAGCUCCAGCAGCCAGCAUGCCUGACCAACCUUCCCAGACUGAUGCCUCUCCCUGCCCCCUCCCCAGAUGGCUGGUUCAUAACAGUCCUGACUACCAACAAACAAUGAUCACUCUCAGAGGCUGGGACAAUGGGAGUUGUGUAUGGUAUAUUAAAAGGGCAUAGGUAAGAGAUCAAUAUAAUUCUAUGCUGCCUUAUCCUCAACUGUCAAAAUCCAGCAGCUGUGAUUUAAAGAUUUUUUUUUUUUAAAAAGAACAUUUUCCCAAUUUACUUUGUAAAAGGCCCAGUCCACAGCCACUGAACUACCCUGAAGCUGUCUGAUUGAGGUGAAACCCUAUAUUUCAGGUUUAGUCACAAGAGAAAGCAAUAAUUGGUUGGGUGAUUCUGCAAUUGAACAUGAGGAUAUCUCAAAGGUGCUAGAACUGAAUAAGCUUCUUGAAUGAGAAGUGAAACAUUUUCAAAGGAGAAAACUAAGACAGUCCAAUUGCCUUUUGGAAAAAGCAUCUUUGAGACAACCAUGACCUGGAUGAUUGAGAACCUCCAUAGACAAAUGUGUGGAUUAACUUUCCUACACACUCUCUUCAAGAUAUCAGCCAUAUUCAAGGUAUCCCGGAAUGGAACAAAUGAUUUCUGCUGGAAGCCAGAAAUGGAGAACCCACGAGGAUCUGGUAUCCGUGGACUGGUGCCAACUCGGUGGCAGUUCAAACGGGCCGGCACUUUUAGUAACAACAUGGAGCGCCCGGAAUGAAGCUCAGAUUGUUGCCAGAGGCCGCAGAUCCGAGAAGGAGGUGCUGGGAGGGAGAGGGAGGGGGGCUCCCGGCCAUGAUUUAUAUUCUUGAGGUUGUGUGACAUACGGGGAUACCGAGCCGAGGACUGUGGGUGGGUGGUUAGCGGACGUUUUUAUUACAGAUUAAUAAUAUUAGCAUUCAGAACGGGAAACGAGGUUACUGGAGCCAAGGAAUGUUUCCCCAAACGAAAAUAUUUUAAAACGAUCUCUCCUUUCACAAACGAAACCUUCUCCCCAUUUUAAAGAUAGGUCUCUCUCUGUUCACCUCCCACUAAUUCUAGGUUCAUUGCUUGGCGGCGUCCUUUUCUCUUACUGUCACACGUGAAGGUCAACUGCCAAAUAAAUGUCUUUUUACACCUGAACGUACCCCGGUGAAAUUAUAGCUCUGUUCUCAGGCAGAUUUUAAAUUGAGAACGAGCGGCCCAGCUAAUAUUUUAUCUGAAGAGUUCCGUCCCUGUCACGAAAGAUCAAGAGCACAGAAUUGUGUCCGCCCAUUUUAUGCUUAGGGAAAAAAAAUCUAUCAGACUUCCUGUAGGAGAUGAGCUUAAUUCGGGGAUGAGGAUUUACCUAAUUCCUCUUUUUUUCUGCACGAAGAUAUUGUCUCACUUUCGCUUGCCGAAAAACAACAACAAAUGCUAACUGUUAAGAAACGCAAGUCUGCCUUGCGUCUUCUUCUACUGUAAACGGGAAGAAGCGGCGCUUUGGUGCCCGGGAAAGCUCACAUUAAGGCUUUGUUUUUCCUCAACGAAAAUAAGUGAUUUGGAUAACUGUUGUACCAUUUAAAAAUUGAGAACUGGGCAGUUCAGUGCACAUAAAAAAGUGUUAGGACAAAAAGUCUCAAAAAUCGCUUUUGGAUGCUUGAGGAUGAGUUAGUCCAGAGACCCGCUGCUUUUUUUCAAACUAGUGGCUUUCAGGACUAAACAUCCGCCACCUCGGUUUCAAGUAUUGUAGAGUAUUGCAUUAAUGAUGGUAAUAACAGCAACAAUGAAUUGCAGGUAAUGCGGCUGAAGGGAUUCUUAGAUUUCUGUUUGGAGUAAAACAAAAAAAAAAUCACUCCCAUCAUCGCAAACAUAUUUAUUUUAAAGUAAACGUUCUGUUAUGCAUUUCUCCUCCCAACAUUUGCCCCUUACCUCUUUCUCUUUCUUUAAACAGACCCCUCCUUUUUCAAUUUGUUCUUUUCUAUUAUAUCUCCUGGAUCACUUGCCUGAGUUUUUAAUAGUACAUUUGUGACCUACUUGGCACAUCCCAAGCUACUUCACUAACACCACCACAAGUGUGUAACCUUUAAUUUUGCAGAGGAGGGUUGAUUCCUUACCCAUACCUUGCUUUGAGUUUAUUCCUUCCAAAGCAAUCCUAUAUAUGCUAUUCAGAAGAAAAUGCCAAGGAGUUUUUUUUAGGAUUUAUUCCCAGAUAAAAUUUUGUAGAGUUGCUAAGUAACUGCACAGUUAUCCUAUUUAUUCACAACCACGAUCUAUUCAAUUUGGUUUAGUCGAAGAAAAUCUUUAAAAAAUCUGAAAUAAAUAUUGACUUGGUAAACUGAACUACAGAUAAUAAAUGGAGGAAGAAAUACAAAUUCCCAAUGUUAAAUCUUGCUUUUUUUUGGCAACUAUCCUCCAAUCUUGUCACUUAGGCAAAGAGACUAAACUAAACUAUAUAAAAGAGUAUAUUUUAUCCUGGUAAAAGUUAGUUUACCGUCUGUGGUGGUCUAAAAGUAAUUCUGUAGAUGAAAAAGAUGUUUGGUAUCCAAUCUUGUAAUGGUAAUCCAAAUUAAAAAAAAUAGCCUAAUAUUGCAAAAAGCAUCCUUCUUAGUCGUUUAAGAAAGCCUGGCCAGAAGAAGCUAAUAUCCAAGUGGAGGUCCAAGAUAUUCAUCUGUAUUUCUAGAAACAUUCGGUGUAGAUCAAAGGUAAAGUUGGAUUUAGCCAAGGGCUCAGAUGAAAAAGUUUCUCCCUGCAAAAAUAUUAUUAAAAAAUCCUUAGGCUAAAUAUGAUGUUUUGGGAUAGCCAAGGUAUCUGAGGAAAGAAACCAGACCAUUCCAGCACUUCUUCCUUUUCUCAAUGCCAGUUCUUGUCAAUUCAGCAACUAAGCACCCCAAAAGGCAUAACUAGAAAAAAGAUUGGGGAAGAAAUAACAAUGGAUCUCUCAUUUUGACACACUUACAGGCCUAAAAAUGUGCAGAGACCUCAACUUCUUCCUCCCACUCUCAGUUGUAAUGGCAACUCUCUUUCCUGACAGCAGCAAAAACUGGUGUGAACCUUUUGUUUUUGCAAGCAAAGCUCCCUUUGGACAGGACAGGGGUAAUAAAUCUAAAGUUACUUUGACAUCAUUUAUCUGAGGCUACAGCUAUCUUUGUCUGUCUGUCUGUCUGUCUGUCUGUCUGUCUGUCUGUCUGUCUGUCUGUCUGUCUAUCUAUCUAUCUAUCUAUCUAUCUAUCUUCUACAUCCACUCAUCCAUCCAUUGGCUUACUUUACUUUUCCCAUGUCAAAUUGUUUCAUACAUCCCCAUUCCAAUUUCAUAACUUAGAAGUAACUCUCAACAAGAAAAUGGUUUUGUACCUUUGUACCUUAUAUGCACAAAAUAACACAAUUGGCUUCCAGAAAUGUGCAUUUUUUAUUUCUUAAUACAGAGGCAUCUCUUCCAUGUUCAAUCACACAUUGCCAGAGCAUACAAACCCAAUUACAAAAUAUGGUUUAAUAUAUAAACUUGAUUUGACUCUCCUAUUUUAUACCCCCUUGAAUGUUUAAAAUUUCACUAAUACACACACAUACAAAGCUUCAUGCUACAUGUUUCUGUUACCUUCCCUUGAAGAGUAGCCAUCAUAAUUAUGUCAUAUUCUCUAUAUAUGACAUCUAGUUUGCACCAGCUGAAGUAACAGAAUAUCAAAAGGUUUCUUCUGUAGCUGUACUAAAAUCUCAGUAGAAGAGAAAAAGUGUAGGAUGGAGGAAGAAAGAGAAUAGGAUGAUAGAAAGAGGUGGGGGGAAUAGGAUGCUCUUUCCGAAGAUUUAUUAGCAUAACUUAACAUGUAGUUGAGAAACAUGUGGAUCAAUACAACUCCAGUUCUCCUGCUAGGCCUCUGUAUCCACUAUGUCUCUAUUUGCAUAUUGCCUUUUCCUUAACUGACACUGUCAGGAAGCAACUUGGCAUUUGCCCAAGCCCUCCAAAGCCCACAAGCACACACACACACACACACCCCAUCGCUAUUCCCCUUGCCUGAUACAAAGUCUUUUUACAUACAUAUCUCUUUACCCCCCCCCACUUUAAAUAGCAAGCAGGUUAUAGUAUUAGAAUUAGCACUAAUAUUAGUGUUAUGUUUAAGCCUCUGUCUAGGCAUUGCCUUAUUGAAGGCUUGAUAUAAGCAUUCUUUCUGUUUUCUCCUCCUUGGUACUCUGUCUGUCGGUUGGUCUGUCUAUCCUUCUCUCCAGCUCUCUCUCUUCUCUUGCCUUCUGCUGUAAAGCCAGAGGCCAUUGUUAACCGUGAACAGGGCGUAGAGAGAGUAUAGGGCAGUCAGAAUCCUCAAUAUCUUUGGAAGGCUGUCGAGAAUCUUGUGAUUUCUCCCUCUUCUCACCUUCCCCCUCCUCCCCAAACGGACAGAGAGAGAGAGAGAGAGAGAGAGAAAGAGAGAGAGAGAGAGGAGCAUCCCUCACCAGAGCUUCUAUAUAGAGAUUCCCCCCUCCCUUUGGCGUUAUGACCGGAUUUCUCUCUCUAGAUAUUCCUUGAACAUUUUUUUUAACCGAGAGGAAUGGGGGGAGCUCUCCUCGCUUAUUGAUUGCGUUGCUUGCUGGCUGCGAAAAUAUAUUAUGUCUGCUCGCCGCGCUGCUCUCGUCAGAGGCUAAGGUAAGGUGGACCGAAAUAGGCUAUCAGUUGUGAAUGGCGGAGACCGUGUCUCCAUGAUUUAUAGCUGUAUGACUCGCAUCGCGGUUCAUGAAGAGUUCACAAGCUCUAAGCUUCCUUCCACGCAGCGACUCUCUCUUGCUCGCAUGCUCUCUUCUUCUUCUUCCCCCUCCUUCCCUUCCCUCCCCUUUUCUUCUACCCCCCUUUUGCUCUCUUUUUGCUAUUUUGAAUUCUUUAUUUUCCUUCUCUUUAUUCUUCCUUUUUUUUAGUCAAAUGGUUUCUUUCUAUUUCCUUCCUUCCUUCUUCCUUCCUUCCUUCGUUUUUUUCUAAUUUAGGCUCUAAUGAAUACAGUAGUCUUUUACGUUGAAUUAUUAUAUUGUUCUAUACUUAUCAUUAAAAAAGCUGAUUAAUUUUAUUCUAGCAUAGUAAUAUAAUUAUGAUUUUUCCCACCCAUUAUGGAGGUUAAAGGGGAAAAGGUUAUGUUUUAUUCCACCUCGGCCUUACAAUCUUCCUUCAAUUUUAUCACAAGCUUUUGGACUCUUCAGUUUGUUUUUGUUUCUUUAAAUAUAGUUUAUAAAAGUCCUUAAGAAAAGAGGCGUUUGUUUUGAAAUAUCCUUGGGAAUAAAAAUGAAACUUCCAAGCUGGCAAGAAACAACUUCAGGGUUGUGGUUGACAUUUCAACAACUAAUUGCAAAGACACGAUCUGAUUUCUCAUUCAUUAUUCCAAUGGAUAUUUCUCUAUGUAUGUGUGUGUGUGCAUGUGUUUAACUACCACAACAAUUCCUUGGAGUAAAUCAUUUACGAUUCCAUCCGUCUUAGAGUAAGACAAAUGACCGACAUUUAGAAAGUGUUGAAAGAUGAGGUACAAAAAGGGAUCCAAAUGUUAGCUACUGAGUGCAUAGACUACUUUGAAUUCCUUUUUUGGUAGAAAAGAGAUUAAUAUUUUAAAGAUGCAGCUUAAUUUAAGCCAACAAAAGCAAAAACCCUUUGGUGCCUAUUUCUCCUAGGCCUUCCAGCGUUCCUAGAAAAUCCAAUCCAAAACAAACCUCGAAGGCCUAGAGAGAAGAUAAUAAUGGCUGAGUCAAGGUACUCAAGCUUCCACUUUCAUCAGACAAUCUUUUUUCUGUCUUCUUCAAGCCAUUUGAAGAACAAUGCUAGAUUAUAAUGCUAGAAAUAUUUCCUGGGUGCUGAAUAAAUGCAGGGCAGCUGCCCUAAUUCUUUCCAGGAACACCUGGCCAGGGAAGAUUUUAGAUGCCUCUAGAGACCAAUGGCUACAGUUCCCAGGCCAGGGCAAAGAAUGAAGAGGAAGAGGUGAGCUAUACCGUAAAUUUUGAAUUGAAUCAUUAUAGUCUAUUUGCUGUUCCCCCGACAAUGGGAAGAACUGAGUGGUGCCUUCAAUACUAUUGUUUAUGCCCGAAAGGAAGGAAAAUGGAAUACAGCUACCUGGAUUGAAAUGAAGCAGAGAAGGGUUGAAGAGAAAUAAAGAGAAUUCCUUUCCAUAGAUGCAUGUUUUGCUCUAUUAAAUGCAUUAUAGCUUUUAUUACAUUUAUAAAAUUAAUUUUCCUAGCCGUGAAAGGAGUCCCCUUUCUUUGGGAAGCAUAUCAGCUCCCAUCUUAAGUAAAAUAAAAUACUAACAUAAAAGUAAAAGAGAAACAAAAGCAAGGAACCAAAUGGUUUUGUGAGGAAAAAACAGGAUUUGUUUUGUUCAAAGAGCAGUUGAGAAGUGGGUUGUAGCUGGGCUUUAGGAAAGAGAGAGGCCAGCUCACACCUUGAGCAGUAACAAGACAAAAUUUUAACGACUCAGGGAAGAGCAGUUUCCACAGCCAAUUUCAAACGCAGCCAGGGUUGCAAAAACAGCUUCAAAAGAACCAACAUCAAAGAACUUGAGCUCAUUCCUCUUUUGAAAGCAGCAGAUUAAGUAAAUCAAAUCUGGAAAUAUUUUCAGUUUGAUAAAUGUUGAACCUCAGAAGCACUUAAAGAUAAAGUUAAAUAUAAUUUUAUUCAAUUUGCACUUAGGUUUGUUUUUCCAAAAGUUCUCAAUCCUGAAUUGGGAAAAUGUUAUAUUUUAAUUUUGCAGGUGAGAAACACUUGGUAAUUCUAUUUGAAUGCCUGAGUUUACGCAAAUGCUACUAAAAUUCAUUCCAAAUAGAUUUUCCAAGUGACUUUCCACCUCAGGUAUAGUUUAUGUGUAAGUAAAUUCCACAGAUUUCCGGAAUUUUAACUUCCAAGUCCCCUCCCGUCCCUGUUUUCUUCGUCUUCAUUCAGCCCCUUUAAUAAAUAAGCCGUAGCGAUCCAUUCACUUCCUUGGCACGUGGAAAUAAAAUACCUGGCUCUUGCAUUGGAGCAAGUGUGCGCGCGUGUGUGAAAAGGCUAGUGUGUAGAGAGGUAGUUGGACUAUACCCACGGCUGAGAUUUUGGAGAAUUGAGUUGAACGGUCUAAAAGAAAUCCUGCGACAGCGAUUUCUUUCUCGGUCUACAGGAACUAAAUAUAUGGUGCAGUUAAAAUAAAUAAGCAGACUAACAAAAACGACUGAACUUUAGAACAACAGAAGAGGGAAACGCCACUGAGGAAUCGAUUUGGUGAACGGUUCGUUCGCCUGUUCGAAGCCCCCUCUUUGUGUGUAUGUUUGUGUGUGUCUCUCUCUGUGUAUUGUAUGUGCAUAUCUAGAAAUCUUAGCCCAGUGGAGAGAGGCGAGGUACAUCCAGAGCACCCGGCAAAAAGCUGUUGGCGGCGGCAGCAUCUGCUCCCCGCUCCCGGCCCUCCUCCGUAGCCGGCCAGCUAUUCAUGUCACGCGCUUUUCAACCGCUAAGAUGGAUUCAGAGGCCGAGCCGUAUCAUUGUGUGUGCCUUCUAACCUUUCAGGUCAUCUUCCAAAAGACACCGGGGGAAGGGAAGGCCCCUUGUCACGUGACCCGGGGGGUGCCAAUGUCCUUCCAUGAGAAGGCCAACCGGAGCCUGGUAGCAGCGAGCGAGCGCCUCGGGGAACCCCAGCCAUGCAGAAGACCAGCUACUACGACACUUCCACGCUCUUUGGGGCUUACUCCUACCCGGGGGCCAACGGCUUCGGUUACGAGGGCCCUUCUCCGCAGCCUUUCCAGCCCGCGGCUCAUGUGGAGAGCGAUUACCAGCGGCCCGCCUGUACCCUCCAGUCUCUGGGCAACGCGGCCCCACUGGGCAAGGCGAAGGACCUGAACGGGAGUUGCCUGCGCCCCAGCUUGCCUCAGGAGCACCACCCGCCCCCGCCCGUCUCACCACCCACCAACCCCAGCACCGCCACCAGCGGGAGCGGCAGCACCACAUCCAACAGCACCGGCGGCAGCAAUAACCAUAGCCAAUCGGGGGCGGUCAAAAGUGUCCCCAGCAAAUCCAGCCUGGCCUCUAGUAACGCCGCCCUUACCAAGCAGAUUUUCCCUUGGAUGAAAGAGUCGAGGCAAAACGCCAAGCAGAAAAACAGCUCCCCCUGUGCAGAAAGCUGCAGCAGCGAGAAAAGCCCCCCAGGCUCCUCAGCUUCCAAGAGGGCCCGCACAGCUUACACCAGCGCCCAGCUGGUCGAGCUGGAGAAGGAAUUCCAUUUCAACCGCUAUCUUUGCAGACCACGCCGAGUAGAGAUGGCCAACCUGUUAAACCUCAGUGAGCGGCAGAUCAAGAUCUGGUUCCAGAAUCGGAGAAUGAAGUACAAAAAGGAUCAGAAGUCAAAAGGCCUUGGGUCAUCCUCUGGGGGGCCUUCCCCCACAGGGAGCCCUCCUCAAGCCUUACAGUCCUCUGCAGGCUUUCUAAAUGCCCUACACCCCAUGACUUCAAACUAUGAAGCUCCAUCUCCGCCCUCUUUCAACAAACCACACCAGAAUGCCUAUGCCAUGCCCACUGCCUACCAAAACCCCAUCAAAGGAUGCCCCAGCCAACAGAAGUAUGCCAACACGGCACCCGAGUAUGAUCCUCAUGUUUUACAGGGUAAUGGGAGUGGCAGUUAUGGCCCCCCCAAUAUGCAAGGCAGCCCAGUCUACGUGGGUGGCAAUUAUGUGGAUUCUAUGCCCAACUCUGCUUCAUCGCUUUAUGGGCUGAACCCCCUUCAACAUCACCAGCCCCCCAGCAUGGAGUACAAUGGGGGCCCCCAGAUGGGCUCCAACCAGCACCAUGGGCCUUGUGAGGCUCACCCAACCUAUACAGACCUUUCUUCCCACCAUGCUUCUACUCAGGGUAGAAUCCAAGAGGCACCCAAGCUGACCCAUCUGUGAUGAAGAGCAGAGCAGACUCAGUGGGGAACUAAUAGAGAAGGGAAGUGGAUGUGGGAUUGGUGAGUCAGGGGACAGACUUGUGGUUAAAAUCCUGGCCUCUUCUUUUGCAAAAAGAAACAAACAAACAUUUGUGUUGUAACCCAUUAUGAAACCCAAACCUAUUGUUUCAGGGGCACAGUUUAUUCAUGCUGUGUCUUGCCAUUCCUGCUAGAUUUGAUCCUAGGAUGAAAAAUUGGUUAGGAGACUUAUGGCUAAACCAUACUCUCUGGAGUAGAAGUAUUUCUGUAUAUUCCCCUCUCAAAGAAAGAUGAAAACACCAGACAGCCUAGUGCCCUUCAUGUGGUUGAGAUAACGAUCUUUAGAUUAAAAUGAACAGAUCCUGGGGAUCAGCCCUGGCUAAGCUCUAAAAGACCUGUUGUAAGCCCAGGGUAAGAAUGGUCAGACUAGUGUAACACCAAAGUGCAAAAAAGUCUGUAAGGCUGUGGAAUCUAUUCCUUUUUCUUCAGUGUGAAGUUAUUUUGAGAAAUGCAUCUUAAACACAUUCUAUCUUUUGUGUUCUAGUCUAAUUUAGGCAGAGGAAGCAGAGAUGGGAGUCAGAGUACACUUGUGCUUUCUUGGACCCACAACUUUUGUUAGUUUUAUGAAUAUACAUGUGGGAAACCUGUUUUUAACUACUCAUGAUAGCAUCUUGAAUGGAGCAGCACAUUUUCAUGAGAUACUAGGUCUACAUAGGCAGAGUAGAGCAUUUCUUCAAUUUAAAGAAAAGCUGAAGAACUGCCCCAGCUCACUAUAUAUACAAAAGGAAAUUAACUUCAUUCCUUUUACAUUUUUGGACUUCAACUCCCAUCAGUCCUAGUAAGUUAAUAAAUAGAAAAGGGUUAUGGGAGAUGCAAUCUGGAUCAUCUAGACAUCAACAGAUGCAUAUCACUGUUCUAUCGCUCUGUUUUCAUAACUGCUAAAACCUUAAUUACUCCUAAGUAAAUCUCUACCACACUGGAAUUGAAAUAAUUUGAGUGGGAAAAGAAGUCACCAUUCUGUCUGUUCACAAGUUGCAUUCCCAGUCAUGAAGACAGUAAGGAUUCUUAAUGAGAUUAGGAGCAAAUUUUCCAGUUGUAUGUAUAUGUCCUAUACAGAUCACAAAACAACAGCUUAUUUAUGCAUAUUAGAUGGGUUCCUUAAAUAUAGAUUAUUGAUAGAUUCAUUAAAACUCCAAUUUGAUAGGAAGGGUUUUAACAUGGGUAAGACUGCCCAUGAAAAAGACCUGCUAAAACACUGACACAAUCCCUCCUUGGAAAAAAACUUUACAUACCAUUUAUUUCAAUGCAGUUUGUGAAAGAGAAUUCUCUGCUGAAAGUUAUCUAGCUGUAGAAUUUACUAUUGUUCAUUUCAAGUAUUUUCUUAAAAGUAUGCAAAUACUUUGUUUACAAUUAUAGAAGGGUAUAUAGGUGUUUGGAGACAAUCAGCCAUACAGGAACAUACUCUUAAAGGCAUACACACAGAGGGAUUCAGUCAAACUCAUUUUGAUAAGUUUGAUAAGGAAGAUGUUACUAGUGAAUUUCAUCCCUUUUUAAAAGUCUUUUUCAGAAUCUGUUCAGAUUUGUAUUUCACACAGGUUAUUUGUCCUGAGGUUUCAACACAAAUGUUUGAAUGUAUAAAAACGUCCUGAUUCUUCCGAAUCAUAGAAAUCAAUUGAAAUAGACAAUUUCUGUUACAUUUCUUUUUAAGUUCAUAUAACAUGCACAAAAAGAUCUGGUCUAGAUCUUGAACGCCCCUCAAUAUUUCUUAUAAUUAUGCCCUUCUCCUUUAGCUAAAUACUAAUCUAUCACUAUUCUUAAAGGUUUAUUUUACAAAGAAAAAAGAGAAAUCUAAGGUAUUGAAUGGAAAACUGUCUUUUUCCUUUCUCAAUGUAUCUCCACUCAUAUGCAAAUUGUUGAACAGGCUUACCCCCUUGUCAAGUAUCACUAACCCAAUACUGUUAUCUACAAAAAUACAUCUUUACAAAUUAUUCACUGCUAUAUUCCCCUCCCUCUUCUUUAAUUCUAAAUUUAAAUAGUAAAUUUAACAGCAAAAUUGAGUUUGCUUACACAAAUAAAAAUCUAACAUCUGGAAGGAGAAAAAUAGAGACCCCCCCUUUGUUCUUCCCAUCAAAAUGAUUACCUACCCUUUUUUAUGAUUUUGGUUUUAAGGUCGGUUAAGGACUGUGGGACUCUCUCACAAAUGUCUUUGCAUUUGUCUGCGUAACUUCUCUUGAACGUGAAAACAGGGUAUAUUUGAUCAGAAACUGUUAUGUCCUCCAAAUGGAAGCAAAAUAAAGGAUCCUUUGGGGAGAUGAUUCCUUUAUUAUGCCUCUACUUUGGCCUGACAUUCUUUCUUGCACUUAAGAGUUUACAUUUUAAUGGCUAUAUAUACCAACAUUUGAAGGACACACAUUGGAAUACUAUUUUCAAUGGAGUUGUGCCAUGUUCCGGUAAACAUUCAUAUAUAUAAAUAUAUAAAUAUAUAUUAUAUUAUAUUAUAUUUAUUGGUUAUAGCCAGUUUUAAACUAUUUUUUUCUUUUGUUGCAUUAUUUAUCCCCAACAUUUAUGUAUUUAUAAGGAAAAUGGACUUUUUUUUUUAGUACUGACUUGUUAUAAAGGACUAUGGUGUCUUUUCUUUGUCAUUGUACAACCAAAUUUUAUUUUCCAUUAUUCCUUCUCUCCUCCUUCUGUUUUAGUUAUUGUAAUUUAGGGAAAAGGCCAGUAGUUACCUUCGUACUUAAAAUAAUGUGUUUAGUUCUACUGGAGGCAUGAAAUCAGGUUGUAAUUGUAUAGUCCUCAGUUAGAAGAACUAGCUAAUCCCCACCCCAUCUAAUUCUCUUCCUUCACUUCUCUUUUUUGAAGCAUCUUCCUUUGUUCUUUACAGUAGAUAAGUUUCUUUCUUUGCUGAAAGGGUUGUCUGUUGAACAAUUCUUGAAUAAACUUUCUGUUCUUAAUUUA